AAAAGAACAAUAAACAAUAAAUGAAAGCGAGAGCGCAGAGAAUAGAUGACACAGGUUUUGCUUAUUAGCUAGUGGUUGCCCCCUUUAAAGGUUAGGCACAGUUAUUUUCUCAGCUCCCAAACAAGGAUAAAGGGACACAUUCUUCUCUCUCUUCUCAAAUAUUUUUCAAAUAUAUAUAUCUACGUCUCUCUAUAUACAUCUAGAUAUUCUUUGUCCUUAUAAGGACUACUUACUUGUGACUAGGAACCAAAAACUAAAUUUUUUUUCUUCUCUCUUGUUAUACAACAUGGAAAAAGUAAGAGAAGAUAAUUCAAAUUCUGAUGUUCAUGAUCAUCAAGAGGAAGAAGAUGUCUCACUCUGUGAUCUUCCGGUACACAAUUCCCUGAAAGAAGAUAAUAACGACAACAAGCAAUUACGCAUAGAAGAAGAGUACGACGCAAAAAACGACGUCGUUACUAGCAGCAGCAGCAGCGGCGAAACGCAAGAGGAGUUCGCUUUCGGUUCCGUGUGCGGUGGCUCUCUCUCCACGAUGUCCGAAAUGUGCUCCGCCGACGAAUUAUUCUUCCGCGGCCAAAUUCUACCGCUCCGCCUUUCGGUAAGCUCCGACGCUGGCCCGGCUCGGAUAGACCCGACUAAGAGACCCGAGUUCGUGGACCAUGGCUCGUUGGGUGUGUUAAGAAGCAUAAGCAGCCGGAGCAGUAGCUGCAGCAGUAGAAGCACCCAACACUCGUCAAGCAGCACCGCUACCAUAACCAUUACUCGAGUCACUUCUGAGCCAAGGCUGGGAAACCGAAACCAUUUCUUCUACCACCCGAGUCCGAAGCCUCAGAUCCGAGUUUCGAGCGCCCGGUUAGAGCGAGUCGGUAGUACGAAUAGUACUCCCCGGAAGCAUAAAUUUUCGAUGUGGGACUUUUUCCGGCUGGGUUUGGUACGGACACCCGAUAUUGAACUUCAAGAACUGAACAAGGUUAAUUUCAUUCGCAGCAAUAGCAGAGUGAAUAACAAAGGUUCUUCUUCUUCUCCUCCUUCAGUCAGUAGAAAUAACAGCCUUAGUAAUAAUAAUAAUAAUAGCAAUAUUAUUAGUCCUAUUAAAACCAACAAUUCCACUACUACUAAUUCGAAUACUGUGGAGAAGGAUAACGGCGCCGUUUUGAACGUGGAGAAACAGAAGAGUAGGAAAUUCUUAAGUGGAUGCAAGUGCUCGGUAGACGCAGUUGUAGCGCCCAACAUCAUCAUGGUAAAGAGCAAACGUACAACUCCUAAUGCGGGACAUUGUAAUAGUACAAGUGGUGCGAAGCAUAGUAGUAUGUACUCGACGAAAGAGAAGGUAUUGUUGGCACAACAUGUUCAUCGAGAAUCCAAAGCGACGUCGUCGAGGACGAAAAAUGACAAUAAGCAGCAACAUAAUAAUGCAGACCAAAAGCAACGCCAAAAGCAAGUCAUGUCACAUCUCCGAACGUAUGAAUGGUUAAAGGAUCUUUCGCAUGCAAACCUUUCUAUGCAUGUUUAGAAAAGAGGAAGAAGAAGAAGAAUAUUUAGUAGUGUUUGUAGUGUGGUGGGGUUUCGAGAGACUUAAAAAAAGUCUCUUUAGUUUAUAGAAAAGCCUCUUCUUCUUUUUUUUCUUUUUCUUUUUUUGUUCAUUUAUGCAUGCUUGUUCAUUUGAUUUCAUUUGUAAAACACUUUGAACAUUAAUUAAUAAGUUUGAGCAUGCUUAAUGUUA